AUGCCUACCGGUCAAACUCAGAGAAGAUUUGGUGCGCGUGAAAAGGCACUUGAGCCCAGAUCCAUCAAGGAUAUCAGAAACAUGCUAAAUCCCGCGACUCGUGGUACAAGAAUCAGGAACCAUAAGACGAUAGCUGGAAUCAUGUUCUUUGAUAUUGACUGCGUCAGACUGGUGGAAAGAACAGGCCGCAUGACAUACUUCCGUCACUGUCUCGUUGCAGGCGAAGACCCGCAUGAAGAGGGCUGUCUCGCUGCUAUGUAUCUCUCUGACGAAGCAGGGGUACUCCGCACUACUCAUAUGAGGAGUAUCGAUGACACUCGAGGUGGUAUUCCAGAAGUUGCUUGGUGUUCGUCUUUACAACUCAAACGCAAAAUCUUCACAAACGGCACUGAGAGUCGCAGCUACACAGCCAUCAGAAACCUACGCAGGGACUAUUGCAAAGAGCUUCUUGGUCUCUUCGACGACUCUAGACCUUUCGACAACCAGAAUUGGCAGGAUUUUCGGGUAUGUUCGGGAUUGUGUCGUAUUGUUAUUCAUCUGACAUGCUUCAGAAUGUUAUCAACAGACACCAAAAUCUGUUGCACGAGGGUGGAUUUCAACACAGACUUGAACUCGCCGACAUCAAACCUGACAACAACAACGACCAGGAUGACGACCUUGACCCAGACUUCGGUGAUGACUUUUGAGUGA